AAAAUAUUUACAAAAUCCAAAUAAUUUCACCUUACGGGGUAAUAAUUUAAUGACAACAAUUACUACCCAAAAAGAAUAUGGGGAAAAUACUAAUCAGAUCACAACUAUCGCCCAUGAUAAAUUAUUUCAAAGAACUAAUGAGAUCGACAAUGUAGAAACGCCUUUGAAAUCUUCCCAAGCCGAUGCUCUGAAAGGUGGCAAACGAGGCCAAGCCCAAGAUACCAAGAGUAUUAUGCGUCAACUAGAUCCGCGUAUUGAUGCUAAAUUAUUAGCAAUUGUCGAACAGUUAGUAGAUAAGUUUGUAAUUUAUAGUAAUAUUUAUAAUCGACUAAAACACCACUUUUUUGAUUUAGGAGAGCCUUUACCUCGUUAUAUAGAAGUAGAGGCAGAAUAA